AUGUCACACGAUUCUAUUAUGACUAUUACUGAAUCUUCUGCACAUACAGUUACCGAUUAUAUGAACUUUUACCGAGAUCUUGUUGGCUUUAAUAUUCACAAUGAGCAAAAUUUAAUUGGCGGGCCUGGUAUAAUAGUUGAUGUAGAUGAAUCUCUUUUUAGCUCAAGAAAAUAUAAUCGUAGCCAUCAAGUAGAAG